CUCGGGUGCUUCCAGAAACUUCUGAUUGGAUCCUUCCACACUGUUCCAUUCACCGGUACAAAUACCACCUCCAAUCCCAAUAAGCCACGUUACCAGUCUACAGUCACCCAGCCAAUUUCCUUGCUCUCCAAGCGUAAAACCUUGCAAUCGUCUUCAAUGGCUUCCUCACUUGCCCUCCGCCGCCUCCUCUCCGCGAACCGCUUCCCCAAGUCCUUCGCCAUCUCCACUAUCCGCCCACUCGCCAUUACCCGCUCCCCCGCUUCCAAGCUCUUCAACACCAACGCUCUCCGCAGCUCCGACGAUGACAACAAUGAAAGCGACCUCAACUUCGACCGCCGCUCCGGCCGCCAUUUCUCUCGUCGAGGCGACGAUUUCUUCUCAGAUGUGUUCGUCCCGUUCUCGCCGAGGCCCAACCUGAGCCACGUGCUGAACCUGAUGGACCAGAUCUCGGAGAAUCCCAUCCUCUCGGCGACACGUGGCGUCGGGGAGGCGGGGCUUCGCCUAGGCUGGGGUACGCGGGAGACGGAGGACGCUCUGCAUCUCCGAUUCGACAUGCCUGGGCUCGGGAAGGAGGACGUGAAGAUCUCGGUGGAGCACAACAACAUCCUGAGCAUCAAGGGAGAAGGCGGGAAGGAAGACAACGUCGGAGAGGAAGAGGCGCCGCCGCGGAGGUACAACACCGGGAUCGGGCUGCCGGAGAAGAUGUUCAAGACCGACAGCAUCAAGGCGGAGAUGAAGAACGGCGUGCUGAAGGUGGUUGUUCCGAAGUUGAAGGAAGAGGAGAAGGCCGACGUCUUCCACGUGAAGGUCGAGUAGUGGUGCCGUACUGGUCUCGCCGGAGUUUUUUGUGAAUAGGAAUCGCUGACUGCUGAGAAUAGUUUGAGCUCUAAUGGUGUUUUUGUUAAUCUGACCGAGGCCUUGAAUUUUAAUUUCCGUUUUCCAUCUUCCAUGUCGCUUUUGUGAUGAAAGUGAAGAAAUGUUGUACGAAUUUCGCAUCUCAAAAAACUGGUUCGACUGUUUUUGUGAUGAAAUGAUUGAUGGACUGUGCUCUGCAAAUUUCGUA